AUGUCGACGACUUGGUCGGUUGAAUUGAGGAAAAUGCAACCGGAAGAGAAUCCAGUCUUGUAAUAUAAUAGGUAACUCAAACUAAAGACGGGCUCGUUCACCGCAAAAUAAUUCAGUCAUCAAUUCAACGAAAGCGGUGAUGUGCAUAUUUACGAGGAGGAGGUUGUGUCAUUCGGCGAGCGGAUGGGGAUAAGAGUUCCGGCCGGCGCGAUAAGCAAGCUUGGGCCACCCACUGAAGAUCGGAGUUAACACGCACUGUGACGUUCUGCCAAGCCUCCCGAGUUCUUUUGCGUCUUUGAAUAUCUUCAAAACAAUGUCGCGGCUUUUGAAGAGCAUGAUGGCUGUUUUCCACAUAAACCAUCACAUAUGACCAUAGUCAGGUGCGGAGACAUUCAUUACUCAUCAUAAGUGACACAACCAGACAGCACCCCGCAGCCUUCUCUCCGAGUGUGACUCUUAUAUCUCGGAGGACAAAAGGCAAAGGCACCCAUGUGCUCUCCAGCAUGCGCCCGCCGCACCGAGUAAGCAAGCAAAAUGAACUAACCCUGAAUCGCAUGGCUCUCACAGGAAAAGAAUUCGCUUCACCUUUUGCUGACACAGCUUCAGUAGCCCCUAUUUACCCCUGAGCCAGAUUCGUGUACAAGAUUGUCCAUCGACACUAAGCCAACCAAUCAUACAGAUCCUGAAGGUAACCUUGGCUUACGGAGAGCCUCGUGCUCCCCUUGGAAUUUGUUGUGUUUGGGAAACAAUUGCUGUCAGAGGGUGAUCAGAAUGCCAUCGACUUUUGCCUCAACGCGGCGCCUCCGACCCCCGUCGGCAAGUGCUUCUACCGGCACCUCACGCACUUGCUUGUCAACGAAUCGGAAGCGGCCAUCAUGUCGGGCCGGGAUAGGGACGAGGUCAACCAAGACAGCUGGUCGACUAUCGCACGCGAGUUUCUAGACCGUGGCGUGAAGAAUGUGGUCAUCACGCUGGCCGCCAAGGGCGCGUUCUACGCCAAUGCCGAUGGCAGAGCUCAUUGCCCUGCGUAUGACGUUGUCGUCAAGGACACCACCGGAGCAGGGGAUACCUUUACCGGGGCUUGUUCCUCAGACUACCUACGCCAAAAGGCCAAAGGGACUUGGGACAUCAGAAGCGCUGUCGUUUGUGCAAACAAAGCUGCGGCAAUGACCAUCAUGAAUGUCGGAGCGCAGGAUGGCAUCCCGUGGUCGGACGAGAUAGAUAGAUUUGAUGCUCCUCACAGUGAGGCUUCUAUUUGAGCGGGCAACAGACCAGAGCCGAGUGGUGCAAAAGUGAAUGAGGGAGAAACCGGGGACCAGAAACCGUUC